GCUAAUGCUGUCUGCAUGCAACCUGACUGCGCCAGCGGAAACCUCGUGAGAAAACUGGAUUUAAAAGGUUUCAGGAACAAUAGCAUGCAAGGUAUGACGUCACUGCCGAUGAGCGUGCUGCUGCUGCUGCUAAUGAUGACACUGGCGGCGUAUGCGUACGGACAGUCUGCCAGACAAACGGCGGACAUCGUGACUUCCUCUGGCCGACUGCGAGGUCGCGUCGAGGAGUUUGGUCGGACGAAGGUGCGCAUCUUCCACGGAAUACCGUUUGCGCAACCACCAGUCGGCAAUCUACGCUUCAAGAAGCCAGUCGCCGUUGAGCCGUGGCCAGGCGUGCGGGAAGCAACCACCAUGCCGCCUGUGUGCCCGCAGCCAGAAUCACUUCCUGACAGUCACGAAAAACACAAGCCGAGAACAAACCGAAGCGAGGAUUGCCUAUAUCUCAGCAUAGUGGCGCCCGACGUGAACAGUAGUGACGCGCGUCUGUCCACCAUGGUGUGGAUCCACGGCGGCGCCUUCAUGUUAGGUGGAAUCAGCGUCGAUAUGUACAACCCACGCAACCUUGUCCUGUACACGAAUGUCAUCGUCGUGUCGAUUCAAUACCGCCUCGGACCACUCGGCUUUCUUUACCUCGGCAGCGAGGAUGCACCUGGUAGCAUGGGCAUGCUCGACCAGGUGCUUGCCCUUGAGUGGGUGAAGCAGAACAUUGCUUCGUUCGGUGGAGACCCGGACAGCAUCACACUGAUCGGUGAGAGCGCGGGCAGCAUGAGCGCUUCCUUCCACCUUAUGUCGCCCCUCUUGGAUAAACAAGCGUGA